CGGCGCGGGCGUGUAGGUGAAGCGUGUGGACGAGCGGGAGUCAGUGAAGGCGCGAAAUCGGCCUUCCUAUUGGUUUGCGCCAGAGACCCCGCCUUCCAGACGUUUUCAUCCAAUGGAAGUGCAAUGUUCUUCGUUUAAACUGACUAUAAAGUCCUACUUGGUCAAAGCUGAGAGUGGCGCCAGAGUUUUGAACGGUGCCGCGUAGGUUUGGUUGUCCAUCCUCUGCGGAUCGACUGGAUUGCUGAUCGCGAUGACCGUCCCCUCCCUGGAGGAGCUGGACUCCUUCAAGUACAGUGACCUGCAGAACUUAGCCAAGAGUCUGGGCCUCCGGGCAAACCUAAGGGCAGACAAGUUGUUAAAAGCCUUAAAAGCCCACCUUAAACAUGAAGCAAAAAAAGAAAAUGAGAAUCAGGAUGAAAGUCAAACUUCUGCGUCCUCCUGUGAUGAGACUGAGAUUAACAAUCAGGAGCAAGGUGAGAGAGAGCCAACUGGCCAUGUCACCAAAACAAGGAGAAGGCACAAGACAGUCCAUGGGAACCCUGACUCCCAGCAGGAUCAUUCAGAGAUAAAAAUAAGUGAUCCCACUGAAUUCCAGAAUUGUGAAAAGCAGGAAAACCAAGAUCUCAGCUCUACUCCUUCCCCAUCAGAUGAGAGCCAAGGAGCUAAGCAUGCAGUUGCCUCAGGAAAAAGUGGAAUAAAUGGUAAUGAAGAUUCAAAGGUAUCUUUAGAAAGAAAGAAGUCUCCCUACAGAGAUGAAUUUUACAAACGUGGAAAAACCAAAAGAACUGCAAUCACUACUCCAAACUUUAAGAAGCUUCAUGAGGCUCAUUUUAAGGAAAUGGAGUCCCUUGAUCAAUAUAUUGAGAGAAAAAAGAGACAUUUUGAAGAACACAAUUUGGUUAAGGAACUGAAGAAGCAGACUGUCAAUAAGGGCAAGGUAGUGACUCCAGUUCCUCCAAAAGGAAGAAGUUCUGUGGCUUGUACUCCCGUCAGCCAACAGCACUUACAAGGCUGGUUUCACAGCCCUGCAAGUCAGAGCACCUUGGGUCUGAAGGGGUCAGUCAAGUGCUCUGCUCUCUCCGCAACUAAAAUGAGUGUCAGGUUUUCAGCUGCUACUAAAGAUAAUGAGCAUAAGCGUUCACUGACCAAGACUCCAGCCAGAAAGUCUGCACAUGUGACCACAUCUGGGAUUGCCUCAAAAGGCCAGGCUGUGCUUGGGACACACAAGACCACCAAGGGGAAUUCUGCUGUUGCUGUUAUUACCCCAUUCAAGUUGACAACGGAGGCAAUGCAGACUCCAGUCUCCAAUAAGAAGCCAGUGUUUGAUCUUAAAGCAAGUUUGUCUCGUCCCCUCAACUAUGAGCCACACAAAGGAAAGCUGAAACCAUGGGGGCAAUCUAAAGAAAAUAAUUCUCUGAAUGAACAUGUAAACAGAGUUAACUUCCACAAGAAAACUUACAAACAACCUCGUCUCCAGACCAGGGAAGAGCAACGGAAGAAACAUGAGCAAGAACGAAAGGAGAAGAAAGCAAAGGUUUUGGGAGCACGAAGGGGCCUCAGUAUGGCUGAAGACUAGUAAUUUUUGAACGUCUUGUCAAUUCCUUCAUUCUGAACUUGUUUUCCUUUUGUAAAUAUUUUUAUACUGUCUUCCUCACUUUAAUCAAAAUAUCUUUUUCUACUGUUAACUAUUCAUAAUCUACAUAAUGUCCAUGGGUUUUUCAUGUGCUACAUCUCUGAAAAGACAUCACCUUAAAGCUCACAAAUUCAAAUUCUUUGAAAUGGUUUUUAGCUAAGUCAGUUUUCUAAGGAGAACCAUCUUAGAGAUCCUUAACCUAGAUUCUUAAUGUCAAGUUCCCCUGUUGGUUCUGAUAUUAACAGACCUGCAGUCCUCUUCUAGGCAGUAGCACUUAACUGAUGGCAACUAGUUAUACAAGCUUCAGUAGAAUUUGAACAAGCUAAAAAUAGGGUAAGCUAGGAUAGAAAGGCCACUGCUGCAUCCUCUAGUCAAGAGAAUCUAGUAAUCUUAAUAAAUCUGGACUAUAUGGUUUGGUUAUAGCAUCAAUAUUUUACCUAGGUGAAAAAUGUUUUGUUUAUACUUAUAUGUAUUUUGCUCAGCUCACUUCAUGUAAUUGUUGUUACUCAUUAUAUUGUUAAAAAGAGAACUCUAUAGUUCAUUCUAGCCUUGCUUAUUUUAAAAUAAAAGCUACAGGGCUCUACUGAAGUAGGAGGAUUACUGCUUUCUGGAUUACCAUGCUCCAUCAUACACUUAUCUUACACAUUUUAUGGAAAAAAAUAGAGUUGCUUAGCACCACAUGUUCCUUGCACCUCAGUAGAGCUAAGUUUUGUGCUGCUCAAGAUCGUCAUAAAUAAAUUUUUUUUCCUCA